CAGCUGAGUCAGGCAGUAGUUAUAGGCAGUAGGUAGUCAUUAUCACUCGGUCCCUCAUUCUAACUCCCCGGCACACCCAGCAGACAGCAGCAGGUGAGCAGCAGCCGGCCAGAGGACACCCAGUCACCCACACCCUCACAGCAACCUCCUGUCAACCAUGAGUGGCUACCCAGGGUAUGGAGCACCGCAGGGAGGUUAUCGCGGCCAGGUGCCUCCACAGACAGGAUAUCCAGGCAGCCAGGUUCCCAGGGGCUAUCCGGGACAACAGCCUUAUGGGUACCCAGGGCAGCAGCCUCCCCCAGGGGCGUACCAGCAGCAACCAGGGACCUACCCGGGCCAGCAGCCUCCCCCAGGGGCAUAUGGGCAGCCCCAGCCCGGCGGAUACCAAGGGCAGGGUUACCCCGGCCAGGCCCCUCCCGGCAUGGACCCCAACAUAGCGUCGUGGUUCCGAGCAGUGGACCAGGACAACUCGGGACAGAUCAAUGCCAAGGAGCUCCGCCAGGCCCUACAGAAUGGAAACUGGUCCAACUUUUCCGAUGAGGCUUGCCGGCUUAUGAUCUCCAUGUUUGACCGAGACCGCACUGGAACCAUCUGUAUUCAGGAGUUUGCCCAGCUGUUCUCCUUCAUCAACCAGUGGACGGAGGUGUACCGCAGGUUUGACCGAGACAAUUCCGGCACCAUCGACGAGGGAGAGAUGAACACUGCCCUGCAGCAGAUGGGUUACCGUCUCAGCCCACAGUUCAUCUCCUUCCUGGUGUUCAAGUUUAACCCACAAACCCGCAAGGUGACUCUGGACAACUUCAUUGUGUGCAACAUUCAGCUCCGCAACCUUACCGAAGCCUUCAAGAGCCGGGACCGCGAGAUGAAGGGAAUGAUUUCUAUCAGUUAUGAGGACUUUGUCAACAUGGCCUUCACCUCACUCAUGUAGCAUGGGUGAGGGUGAGGGUGAGGGUGAGGGUGGUGAUGGUGAGGCUGGGUGAUGCGUUGGCUAGUUUGCUCCCUGGCUGGCUAACUGGGUACUGACUGACUGACUGACUAACUGACUGGAUAGUGGUUAUGAAGACUAAUUUAUUGACCAACUUGAUAAUUGGUGGUAGAUUGACUGGCUAAGUGACUGACUGGGUUGUGGUGGUGCUGGUUAUCUGACUGAAUUGCUGACUGAAUGACUUUCUGUUGAUGAUAAUUGGUGAUAUAUUGACUGACUGACUGGGUAGUGGUGGUGCUGGUUAUCUGACUGACUAACUGACUUUCCCAUCCUGAUUUCCUGACCAGCUGUGUGGUGAGGGAUGGCUGUGUCACUCACUGAAGGACCCACAAUGCCUUUGGUCUGGUGUUUGCUUGGUGACAUGGCUGGAGUGGUGGGAGUGAACUGUGCACGCUGGCUUGCCUUGCCCACCAGCUGUAGCAGUGAGCAUGUGUGUCACUUGUGAGGAAGAGUGUGGAUGAAGGUUCUAUUACUUUGCAUUUAUGUAUGAUUUGUUACCAAGGAAAGUAUUCAAUUUUAUAUAGAUGAAAAAUUAAAAUAAGAUACACCGCUUUGCAUUUUUAUAAGCUGUAGUAGUGGUAGGAAUUCUUUUCAAGUGAAGAAGGUGAGCUGAGGUGAACAAAAAAUUACCAUAGCUUUGCAUUUGUUGCCACCUUCAGUCAUGGGCUGGUGCAGAGGAAUACAGGGAGCUUCACCACGCACCACUGUACACCACCUGUGGUAAGGCUGAUCAACUUGUACUGUGUAUGGAAGUGAGCUCAGAACAAACCUCUACAUAAUCAAGCUAGCUCAGUUGAAGCACCACAUAUAACACACACACACACACCAUUUACACACUUAGCUGCAUCAUCAAUUUGAUCAAUUAUUGUAGUAGUAACAGUGAUUUGCUUUCCAUACUAGUUGAUGACACACCUGGGUGGUCGUGUAUGUCGCUCGCCUUACUAAGGUUGUAAUGGUGGUGUGGUGAGCUUUGCAGUGUGUUCUUCCUCCAGCAUCAAGAAACACAUUGCUACAACACUAGCCACUCCUGGGGAAUGUGGCUCACCUCUUGUCCCUCUCCAUGUCCAAUAUUUACUCUGAGAUAUUAUUGAAGUAAAUACAUUGAGGUAAGGCAAUUCUUAACGCCACCAUGCGGGACACCGAGCCUGUGAGGUCCAGCUUCCCCACGAGUGGUGAGUUGUGACUCCUGCCUCCUUUGUUGUGUUGGUCUGUCAUCACACUUCAGGGACUCUGUGUGGCCUUAGCCUGGUGCACUUGAGAAGUGACUGCCUCGUGACAAUGUUAAAUGCUCAUGUCUUGAACUCUUGAGACUUUUAUUGGUAGCAUAGUGAGUUGGGCAGGUGUGAACUUAAAAUACAAUCUUGUCCUUCUGUCUCAAGUCCUUUGGUUGUACUUAAAACAAAUUAAAAUUUAGAUGCCUAACAUAUAAAGUGUGUUUGUGUGUCCUCAGCAGGACGGAGACAGUUUAAGCGUCUCCCUUUUUUCCUGUAGCAGGAAACUGGUGCAAUACCCAAGUCAAGGAGCGAUGACCUUGUGACCUGAAACCUUGGUGAUGGCAGCCUGUCCAUAGCUAUGGUGCUGGACAAGCUGGAUCACAGUAGAUGAAAAGUACUUAGUUUUAUCUUUAAGGUUUGUUGAGUGCAGUGGCGGAGUGUUACUGAUGCUGCUGCCUCACCUGUACAAGGUUGACCAGGUGUGACUAACUUCUCAUACUGUUUUUCUUUAAGGUCUUGGCAUCUUCAUGUAAAGCAAGUCUUUGUAAGAUGCUUUAGAUGUUUAACUAAGACUGUUGAUUUUGUCAUUGUUAAAACUAAAGUAAUGAUUUAUGCUGACUUAUUUACUGACACGAGGCAAUGAAUUUGUUUUCCAAACAGUUACUUACUGAAGCAUGACUGUGUCAACUGACUGUCUUCCUAUUGAAGCAACGAGUGAGAGUGGAGACACAGCACAACACACACCAAAUCAGUGACAAGUUUGAUGUGACAGGAAGGACUAUUGUGGAGUUCAUUCAACAUUGUGAGAAACUGAACCUUAUCUAAUACAAUACCAGGGACUGCAGUGUGCACUGUGGCCUUCCACCUUCUCUGAUAUUCCUUACAUUCUCAGUUUAAUCUGAUCAGUUAUAACCUAACAUAAUCAAAACAAUAACUCAAAAAUGUUCAUGUGAUUGUUGUAUAUGUGGUGUGUGUCAGUGGCUUGCUGUGUGCUGAGGUGAAGUGAGGUGAACUGUACUCUUGCUGUCACUAGCUUGCCCUGAAUCACUGUUAUUGACUACUAAUAAAACUAUAUAUACUGUUAA